AUGCAGAUUACUUCUUUCAUUGUUGCUGCUCUAGCUGGUACCGCUGUGGCCCAAUUCACUCGUGACGGGAAUAUCUCAAAAGACAAGAUCUCUCGCGCUGGACGGCCCACCGGACAUCCAGUUGGCACUGGCAUGAGCGGUUUCCCAUCUGCUCCUACAUCUAUGGGUGGAGCAAGGCCGUUUCCUACUGGGAAUUCUGAGGUAGCUGCUGAAGCCAAGUCAAGAUCAAAGGGUAGAGGUCGAGCAAGUGGACAAAGAUCUGGAGCCGCUAAACCUUCGAACGGUGCCAGGCCAGCCAAGUCAGGACGCUCAAAAACUGGCGAUGCAUCAUCACCAACUUCCACUCCUCAAUUCGGCAACAAAGCAAAGUUGGAAGGCAACUCAGCAUUUUCCAAACCGACUUCAUUUCCAACGGGUAUCCCAAGAGGUGCUGCACCUAGCGGAGGGCCACCAGCCUUCGGUACUGGACGACCCAAUGGAUUCGAUGUCAAACAUUCUGCAGUCACAAUUCCUCUGCCAGAUCUUACCACCCUUCCAAGUGGCACGUUCCCAACAAAUUUCACUGCACCAAGUGGCUUUGAUUCUGGAUCUUUCUCAGCGUACCGUGGUGGUUCAGAUCACCAAAAGCCUUCUGGGGUACCAUCAGAUCUACCUACAACGUUGGCUACAUCAACUCGAAGUGCCUUGUAA